AUGGGCCCGAUUACUAUCUUCAAAAAGCUCUUCUACCCGGUGAAAAUGAUAGCCUUGAUCGGCAUCUCCAUUCUGGGUGCAGCUCUCGUGGGACUCUACACGUUUCAGAACCUGCUUAUUUACCCUGCUUCCAUGAACGAUGGACAUGGCUACUGCGCUAGACCCGAGGAGUUUGGAAUGCCUGAUUACGAGGAUUUGUACUUGGAGACGGAAGACGGGGAACUGUUGCAUUGUUAUUGCUUGAAACACGACAGAAAGCUGCCUGACUACACCAACAAGACGGUGCUUAUCCUUUCUCCUAACGCCGGCAAUAUCGGCCACGCGUUGCCUAUCGUGUCGAUGUUCUACAAGAACUUCGGCUACAAUGUCUUUAUUUAUUCUUACAGAGGCUACGGUAAGUCUACGGGGAAACCUUCCGAGACUGGACUCAGACUAGACGCUCAGGCCAUGAUGAGUUACAUUGCUAAAGACGAACAACUCCUGGAAUCCUCCUUGGUUCUUUACGGCAGAUCUCUUGGUGGAGCUGUUGCCAUCUACAUUUCAUCGCUCAUGGGGGCCAGCGUCCAGGGUCUCAUUUUGGAGAACACCUUCCUCUCCAUUCCAAAGACAGUGCCCCACAUUUUCCCUUUCCUCAAAUACUUCACUAUGUUUGUCCAUCAGAAGUGGGAGCUGGAGCGCUUGGUACCACUCAUACCCGCUAACAUUCCUGUCUUGUUCCAAAGUGCCAGAAAAGACGAGAUUGUUCCUCCCAGUCAUAUGGACAGAAUCUACGAGCUCUCACAGUCGACCGACAAGACGUUUUACAAGUACACCCAUUCACAGCAUAACGACACUGUCGUGCAACCAGAGUACUGGGAACGUGUGCAUGAUUUCAUCAAGAACAAGGUGAAUCCGGUUGGCUACUGA